ACUACUUAGUUUAACCUUAAUUUUAUACCCACCAACUUACUAAAAUCACUGGUACGCUCUAACUCCAAGUCCGACGCACCAAUUCGGUCCCCGAAAUACCCACGGACACUAUCUACUCGUCAUGCAAACGCUACUGCUCCCGGCUACUCGCUCCGGUAUAUGUGCGGUGGCGGUGGGUCCCCUCCGACCAUCGCUCACUCUCUCUCCUCCAAAUUUUCUCACUUCAAUCAAAACUCGGAAACCAAAACCUCCGUUGUCCCCUUUCGCAUCUUACGACCCUCUUAAUGUUCUAAGAUCUACGCUUUUUUCGCCCAAAGUCUCUUCGUCCUCAGUUUCACCCAGUUUUACCUCCUCUAAUGAUGAUACUGACAAGGCGAAGCUUGCUCAGGUUUCGAAGAGGCUAGAGAACACGUCGAGGUACUUUAAGCGACUGGGCAAUUUAGGGUUUUGGGGACAGUUAGUGUGCACUGUGGUUUCAGCGGUGAUACUCUCAUUUUCUGUUGUAAUUACUGGGAAAAUCAAAUCGCCGGCUACUUUUUAUGCUACCGCCAGUGGAAUCGUGGCUGCUUUCAUAUCGGUUUUCUGGUCAUUUGGGUAUAUUCGGCUUUCAGAGAAACUCAGGAGAACUGCUAAUGAUCCUUCAAAAGCUCCUCCUCGAGCUGAUGUUGUGAAAAGCUUGAAAAACGGCAUAGUUCUGAAUCUCCUUGGAAUGGGUGCUGCUAUUCUUGGCAUGCAAGCUACAGUGGGCUUACUAGUAGCCAAGGCUCUUACUUCUUCCACCAAUCCAUAUUAUCAAGGAAUUUCUCCUGGCUAUAGUCCAGUUCUCGCAUUGGAUGUAUUCUUGGUGCAGGCAUCCGGUAACACUAUCCUAUCUCAUUUUCUGGGGCUAGUAUUCUCGCUGGAACUGUUGCGCUCGGUGACAUUACCUCAGUCAGACGGUAUUCCAAUUCCCAAGGUUGCAUAAAUUCUGUUGUUGGUAAAAUAUCAUGAACUUGAAGGUUCUGCUGGAACAUGAUUUGUAGCCAUAGUUGUGCAAAUGUAGAAUAGUUAAAUUCCAUCUUACAAGCCGUUUGACAUGUAAUUUCAAUCGUAAGAUCUCAGAACUGUUUUACAAGUCUUCUUUUGCUCUAAAUACAUUGUACAGCAUGUGGCAAUGAUUUAGUCAUAGAUUGUUUUUUCAUUGGGAAAGGAAAA